CAGAAAGGAUGCAUUAAAUUUAUCAAACGUAACAGUGAAGACAUUUACAAUGUCUUUAUAACAAAAGAUUUUAAUAUUAAAGAAAUGCUGUUCUUUUUUAAACUUUCUAUUCAUUAAAUCUUAAAUCGUUGUUUAUUUGCAAAUUUUAAUUCGAUUUUGAAUCUCAAAUUUUUGAACUCCACUAUAUCUUUGUUACAUCAUUUUAAGUCAUCAAAAUAAAUGCCAAUGUCAAUAAAUGUACUCAUAAACUACUAGUGAAUACAUCCAGAAAAAGAAACUGCGCAUUAGAAAGAGUUUAUGGUUACGGUAAGAUACUCUUCUUGUUUUCCAGAAAGAAUAGGACUUUCUCAGCAGUGGGCAAAUGAGAAGCAUUACGUGUGUUUUAAAGGCAGUCUCUCUCUCUCUCUCUCUCUCUCUCUUCCCCAUGCUCCUCCCAACUCUAUAUUAGAACCAGCUGUGGAGUUUGAGGCUGAAUGAAUGGCUCUUUGUGAUUUGGCUGUCACUCCUGUAUAAGGCUCUGUUUCUUUCUCCCUCUAGAAACUGGCAUGACAAAAGUGUUGGAACAAUGUAACCUAAUGUUCCUACUUUGACAUUGUUACGCCAUAAAAUCAUAUCAAUUCACCACUAAGACUGCAGAAAUGCAUGUACGAGAUAUUGAGCUUUAGAAGAACGUGCCCUUGAUUCUUCAAGUGUAAGUUUAGAUGGCCAGAAAUGAAAUGUCUGUAUGAGAUGAAGAGGAUAAUUUUCCAGUCAUGCAGAUUUUUAACCACAAAGUCGCUUGAACCGUGCUCUUGAGGAAAUCUUUGAGGUGUAGGAGUGUUUGUGAAGGUCCACGAUGUUCUGGAAUGUUUCUGGAUGCCGUCUGCUGUCCGGCAGGGGUGUGUCCGUCUCUUUGGGUUUAGGCGGGUGACUCAGUAGAACUCCGGACCAAAAAAACACAGCUCACAGCGCAGAGCUUUCCCAGGCUCGGAGCGAUUUGCCAAGUAACAUGUUGUUGUGGUUGAGGGAGAUGAGGGGUGUGUUGUGGUGGUAAGCAAUGAUGAUAGAGAGCCAAGACGAAUUAGUCUCUCACAGAAGAGGCUUUUUUGGAUCAACAGUCGUGAGGAGUGGCUUCUGUAGUGCUCGAGAUGACUGCAAACGUCUAAAAUGAAGGGAUUUUGGUGGCACCCAUAAGAGAGUCGAAGGAAUCGAAAGAGGAGAGCGAGGAGGUCGGGGAAGAGAGACCAUCAUUGCAGCACAAUGAUGUUACAAAAGACGGCUGCCAAACAACAGCUCCAGUGGCGGAAAUGGAGAGAUUGGCUGGUGAAUGACAAUCAUGGCUCAGGUGCUUCAUAUGGACUCUGGUUUUCCAGGGAAGAUUAACCCCCCGGAGCCCCCCUCCUUGCAUGGAAAGGAUCCAGAGGCUCCAUACUCAGUAGAGACCCCCUAUGGCUACCGUCUGGACCUGGACUUCCUCAAGUAUGUCAAUGAUAUUGAAAAGGGCAACACUAUUAAGAAGGUGCCAGUGCAGCGGCGCCCACGUUAUGGCUCACUUCCACGUGGCUACGGAUACACGGGCUCCUGGUGGACCUCCACUGAGUCGCUCUGCUCCAACGCCAGCAUGGACAGCCGUCACUCGUCGUACUCCUACUGUGCGCCGGGCUUUCACAGCUCACAGCGACCCAACUUCAGUACGGCACGCGUGGAGAAAACCUUGCUGGAUGCUCGCCGCAAACUGGAGGAGGAGAAGGAUGGCCGUCGUUUCUCGAACCUGGGCAGCAUGCACAGCAGCAUGGCAGGCUCCAACACCUCACUAUCCAGUGCCCACAGCUUCAAUCGUGCCCAGGGAGGGGGCUCCUAUACACCAAUGAGCUCCGGCUUGUCCACACCUGUCUCACCGACGCCCGCCCAUCUGCAGCACGUUAGGGAGCAGAUGGCCGUUGCCCUGCGGAAGAUCCGGGAGCUGGAGGAGCAGGUGAAGACCAUCCCGGUGCUGCAAGUGAAGAUCUCCGUACUUCAGGAGGAGAAGAGGCAGCUUAGCGUGCAACUCAAGAGCCAGAAGUUCCUGGGCCACACACUGGGGUUCAGUCGGAGCCGUCCACGAGGAGAGCUCUACAUCGACAUCCCCGAAGAGGAGACAGGAAAUGGGACAGGAGCCGCAAACAGAGCCGCAGGAAGUCUAUCACCUACCACUCCGGGUUCCCUUCAGGACUCAGGAUGUGAAAUUGAGGAGACUGUAAUUGUUGGUGGAGCUCGACCGGGUGCAAAGCGGGAGGUGCGAACUGUCGGUGUGGGACCUGAGGUGGCUUACCGUCAAGUGGGAGUAGGGGUGCGAGAAGAGGACUUGGGGCUGCUGCCUGAAGCCGAAGCCCUCAAGACUAAGGUGGGGCUUUUAGAAGUUCAGCUGAGGAAAACGAUGCAGGAGCUACAGAGCGCUCAGCAGAAAGUGGAAGCAGCUCAGAGAGAGAGGCAAGCUCUUUCCGCUCAGGUGGGCCAUGCGGUGAGAGCCACCAGUAUCGGCUGGCAGGAGCAGCAGGGUCAGGCACACGGUGCGGGCCUGCACACAGUUGUCAGUUUUACUCAGCAGCCUCAUCAGCAGAGGACCGUGGGGAUCCAAGUGUACACGCUGGAGCAGCCCACAGUGGUGGGUGUGGGGAAGCUGCUAAGAGCCCAGGGUUGCACUUCUCCAGCUCAGCCUGUGUCUGCAACGGAAGGAGCCCACAGAAGACAUGCAGAGUCCCCAGCAGCAGAGGAAUCGCCGCGUGAGUUUCCCAUUGCAAUAAGCUCUAAGCAGGUGCGGGAGGUCUUGAGAAGUGAAGUGUCCAAAUCAGUGCCAGUGACCAACCAGGCAACUGCUAUAGAGACAAAGUGCAGCCAAGUGGCAGCCGUCUGCCCACGGCUAAAAGAGGGAGAGGUUAACCAGCAACCAGCAGAAGAAGCCAUCCAAAUCGAUCCAGCAAAACCAGCCUCUCCUCAGUCCAACCUGAGGUCAAUCAUGAAGCGAAAAGCAGAUGGGGAACCUGGCUCUCCGUACACCAAAAAGAACCUGCAGUUCAUAGGAGUCAAUGGAGGGUACGAGUCGACAUCCUCUGACGACAGCAGCUCGGAAAGUUCAGAAGAUGAGAGCGAUGCAAGCGAAUACCAUGAGGCUACGGAGAAACUACCGGAAUCUGCGGUGCAGCAGUCUCAGGUGACCUCCUGCAGCCCGCAGCCCAUCUGUGAGACAGCAGCUGCUCAAACACCUCAGCACAGCACUGCCCAGCCACCAGCCAAUCACACUGCAGCACAGCAAAGCACCAGCCAAUCGCAAGCCAUGGAUGCAGCUGCCCAGCAACAGGUCACCCAAUCACCAGCAGCAGAGGCAGGCAUUCAGCUCUCUGUAAACAAAGCGUCAGUGACCACCACCACGGCUCAUCCGGAAGGCAUCAUUCCAUCCGCAGAUGUUUUCCAAGGGCGUACCUCUCAAAGCACUGCCGCUUCUCUUGAACAAGACUCUGUCCAGUUGUCAUCCAGCAGCUCUAUGGUGCAGCAAUCCAAAGCCACCGAUUCAAACGUCCAGCCAAAUCUCUCUCAGCCAGAUGUGUCGGGCCUUGCUGCUCAGCAGACAGCCACUCAAUCACAAUCCAUUGGUGCCAAACCUCAGCAAGAUGUUAGCCAAUCAAAAACCGCUGACCUUACCGCCCAACAAGGAGCGACACAGUCACAAUCUACUGAUGCCUCAGCAAAACAGGACAUAGCCAUAUGCUCCACCAGUGAUCCAGCUGCAAAUACAAGCACCACCCUUAAUAACAAGCAAGCAAGCAGACUGGAAUUGAGUGGCAGUCUCAUGGCGGCUCUCCACACCUUGCAGAAGGCACUCAGUGAACCAAAUGCAUUUAGCCAUCAAAAUGCAAGGACAGCCUACACCACGGUGCUGCAGGAGUGGCUCAGAGUGUCCUGUCAUAAGGCUGCUGACACUGUAGUAGUCAAAGCCUACAUGGACACCUUUGCCUCCAUUUCUCCCCAGCUACUGGAGUUUGUCAUCAACAUGGCUGACGGCAAUGGAAACACAGCUCUGCACUACACUGUCUCACACUCCAACUUCCCUGUAGUCAAACUACUGCUGGAUACUGGUCUCUGUAAUGCUGACAAGCAGAACAAGGCUGGUUACACAGCUAUCAUGUUGACAGCUCUGGCUGCCUUCAACUCUGACAGUGACCUUCAAACCGUCCUACAGCUGCUCCGCACUGGAGACGUCAACGCCAAAGCCAGCCAGGCGGGGCAGACGGCGCUGAUGCUGGCGGUCAGUCAUGGCAGAGGGGACAUGGUGAGAGCUCUGCUGUCCUGUGGAGCUCAGGUGAACCUGCGUGACGAUGACGGCUCCACAGCACUCAUGUGUGCCUGUGAACACGGACACGUGGACAUUGUGCGGCAGCUGCUGUCUGUGCCGGGCUGUGACGCCACGCUCACUGAUAAUGAUGGCAGCACAGCUCUCUCCAUAGCACUGGAGGCCAGUCAGAAUGACAUUGCCGUGCUUCUGUAUGCGCACCUCAAUUUUGCAAAGCCACCUUCCCCUGUGUCACCAAAGUCUCCGAUUCUGGGAUCUUCUCCUCCCUCCUCUGAACUGAAGUAAAUGGAUGUCAUGAAUCAGAUGUCACCUCUUCCAGCAAACAAUCCUUGUCCAUUCCACUGUCUGUGUGUGUGUGUGUGUGAGGUUUUGUGUGUUUGUGUACAUGUGUACAGUAUGUGUACCCACAAUUUAGCAUGUACAACUUUUAGAGAUAUAGGAACUGUGCACUCUUAAAAGAAUUAGCACUUGACACCAUUGAUCCUUAUGUGUUGUUUUCUGUUCCCUUUGUAGCGUUUUCCAUUGUAGCGAAGGAAAAAAGGGGUGCGAUUUCAAAUAAGAAUAACAACAAGCGUGUAACAGCAAUAUCAUUCAUCUAGCGGUCCAUUUGUUAAACAAGUGUUACCUUAUACAGUCAAUUUAUCGAAGUGCGUUUACUUUUAACAAUCCAGCAAUAUUUAGCAUUCAAAUCAUCAAGUUAUAGUCAUACAGCAACUGAUUACAUUCAUAAGAGCAUUGUGUAAACAACUAAAAAAACCAUGUAUUUUAAUCAAGUGUCCUUUUAUGGUUUUUACUAUUCUAAUAAGAAAAACACAUUCUGAGUUUCCACACCAGCUGUUUUCAGAACAAUUUUUGAUAACCUUUACAACAAUAUAUUUGAUUAUACAGUGCAGUUGCCUCACCCUUCAACGGAAAACAUAGUGGUCCAGUUACUUCUCUAGGAGAUUUGUAAUGCUAUCUUUUACAGGUAAUACACUUAUGGUGAUAUUUUAGCAUUUUUACUGAAUGAAUUCACAUUGCGAGACGUCAUCCUGCUUAAGAUUUUGUGGGCUUGUGUAAAUCAUCUAGCUGUACAGGUUCUCUUUACCCUAAUGGACAGCAUUGCCACCACAGAUUUGUUCACAGCCGGUGCAGUAUUAUGGUCUCUUGUACUUUGUUUACUCUGAUUUGUGGAGGACUGCAUGUUUUUGUUAUUUUGUUAAUGUAAAAACUUGUAUUGAAGGUUUAUUGAACAAGGGCUCUCCAAAGACAUUAUAGAUGAGCAUAAAAUGAGAUUUCCAGAGCUAAUACAUCAUUUUUUUUUAAUAUUGUAUAUUGCCAGUUUGCAAUCAUACAUAGCCAGUGAAGGAAAUAUGAAGGUACGCAAGUUCCUUGUUGGAUGAGGCCAGAUGUCGUCUAGCGCAUCGGGUUUAAGUGAUAUACACAUAUUGGUACUGGCACGUGUUCACUGAGCACCAGUUGAUUUUGUAUCUUUUUGCUCAGUCGCUGGUGGUUUUAGGGUGCAGAAUGUGGGGGGAAAGGCUCAGUAUUGUCUAUGACGAAUGUAAAUUGUUUUCCAAAAUGAAAAUAAUAUAUAUCAUCUCCAAAGUUUUAGUGCAAAGACUAUAGAAUUUUUUCCUUAGCUUUUUUUUAACCACACAAGAUGUUGGAUUUUAUCAUUUUAAAUGGAAGAGCUUUGUUUAAUUGGAAAGAUGAUAGAUUGAACCCACUUUGUACACAUGCUUUCUUACAACUAGUUUAGUACCUAAUUAGUUUUAUACUCUUUUGUAUUUGUUUUAUUUAACACUCUUUGAAUAUCUCUAAAUUUGUAAUAUCUGUUCACAGCUUUGUAUAUCAUUUGGCACAUUUGCCGGCCAUGAACCUUUAUGUAAAGUGCUCACAUUUAAAUUCGUCUGUUUGUUUGUUUGUUUGUUUCCCUCGUUUUUGAAAAAAAUAAAUAAAUUUAGAUUGAAGGAAGUGGAAUUGAGUAUUU